AUGGCUCCUGGAAACUUCACUUGGGUCACAGAGUUCAUCCUUGCUGGUGUCUCCAACCGUCCAGACCUUCAGAUUCCUCUCUUCUUCAUUUUCUUGCUCAUCUAUGGACUGACCCUGGCAGGGAACAUGGGCAUCAUCAUCCUCACCAGCGUGGACUCCCGACUUCAGACCCCCAUGUACUUUUUCCUCCGGCAUCUGGCUAUCAUCAAUUUUGGAAACUCUACUGUCAUUGCCCCUAAAAUGCUGAACAAUUUCUUAGUAAAGAAGAAAACCAUCUCCUACUAUGAAUGUGCCACUCAGUUGGGUGUGUUCUUGAUUUUUAUUGUGUCUGAGGUUUGCAUGCUAGCUGUGAUGGCCUAUGACCGCUAUGUGGCCAUCUGUAAUCCCUUGCUCUACAUGGUGGUGGUAUCUCGGCGAGUCUGCCUUCUACUAGUAUCCCUUACAUACUUCUACGCUGUCUCCACUUCUAUUGUGGCUUCAUACAGCGUAUUCUCUGUGACAUACUGCUCUUCCAAUGUAAUCAACCAUUUUUUCUGCGACAUUGCUCCUCUCUUAACAUUGUCUUGCUCUGAUACUUCCUUUCCAGAAAUAGUAGUUUUUAUAUCUGCAGGCACCAAUUUGGUUAUUUCCAUGACCACGGUGAUAGUUUCUUAUUUCAAUAUAGUUCUGUCCAUUCUCAGAAUGCGUUCAGCAGAAGGAAGGAAAAAAGCCUUUUCCACUUGUGCCUCACAUAUCAUGGCAGUGACGGUAUUCUAUGGGACACUUCUGUUCAUGUAUGUACAGCCUCAGACCAGUCAUUCACUAGACACUGAUAAAAUGGCUUCUGUGUUUUAUACACUGGUGAUCCCCAUGCUGAAUCCAAUGAUCUACAGUCUGCGGAAUAAGGAUGUAAAGGAUGCUUUAAAUAGAUUUAUGACAAAUUUAUGUUCUUUAAAAUAA